CGCGUUUCCUAAACUGCCGUCGCUGCCGCCGCUCAGUACAAGUGAGUCGGGAGAGACUCGGUCGGAAGCUGAAGGGUCGGUCUGUGGUCCCCAGUUCGCGAUGAGCUUCUUUGUGUUUGUCGCUCUGCUCUUCGGGGCUCUUUGCGUCUGUUCGCGCGUCCAGGCUCAUGUAGAUAUACUUGUUGUUGCCUGUCAGACCGGUAACAUUGACCCUGAGGAUGAGAAAGAGCUGGAUGGAGAUGAGUUGUUUUACGUCGAUUUGAAAAAGAAAGAGUGGGUGGGCACAAUGCCUGACUUUCUUCAGCAGUGGGACGGUCGGAACUUUGUUCAGGCGGCACUGGCGGCCCAACAGGUUUGUAAGAACAGCCUGGAUGUGCUUGUUAAAGCUGAACAGAACCCACCUGAAGAGAUCGAUCUUCCUCAAGUCACAGUCUAUCCCAGAGAUGAAGUUUCAUUGGGAGGAAGCAACACAUUGAUCUGCUUUGCAAACAACUUCUUCCCACCACCUGUGAAAGUGAAGUGGACUAAGAAUGAUGUGGAGGUGACAGAGGGGGUCACUCUGAGUCGCUACUACCCCAACAAGGAUCUCACCUUCAGACAGUACUCUACUGUACCCAUCAUCCCACAGGAGGGGGAUGUUUACUCCUGCACUGUGGAGCACAAGGGAUUUCCUGAACCUGAAACCAGGCUCUGGGAUGUAGAAAUUCAGGAAGCAUCAGACAUCGGAAAGACAGUCUUUUGUGGAGUAGGACUGACCCUUGGUUUGUUGGGAGUUGGAGUUGGAACCUUCUUUCUCAUAAAGGGGAACAAUUGCAAUUAAAAAAGGUUUCCAUGAAAAUUGCAGAGCAAGAACUGAAAUGGGGAGGCUGUAACAAUUCCUUUGGGUCGUCAUUUGUUUUCAUUUUAACGAUAUGUACAUUGUAAGAAUUUACUUUUCAUAACAGCUAUUAGGAUAGCAUCAAUAAGAAGUAAUCUGUAAACCAAACCUUAAAGAUUGUGUUAAAAAUAUAAAGGUCUGAACAAAUGCAUGUGUGAACUUGAAUAUAUUCAUAAUAAUGUGAUGAUUUUGCAUUAAUUUCAUUAAUGUAUUCUUCAUAAAAAUGCCAGGGUUUUUUUUGUCCACUAUAAGUGGUUGUCAAGCUGUGUUUCUUAAUUUUGUCUGAGGUGUACUGGUAGCAGCCGUACCGUGUUCAGUUAUACAUUUAUUAUCAACAGCUUCAUGGCAAGUUUUAGAGUUUGCCACUUAUAUGCAUAAUGUGUAUAAAUCAGGUAACUAAAUUUUUUGCUAAUCUUUCUUAACAUCCACAGAGAAAGAACAUUCACAUGUGUACAGCUGCUUCCCAACUCAAGUUGGUCAUCUUUUGAGUCACAAACUUUUAAGAAAGUUUGACAGGCUUUUUGCUGAUAGACUUUUAAAUGAAGUAGUUAUGCAGGUGUACCAAUUCAAAUCACUUGCCAAAAGCAUCACCCAACGCACUCUCUAUCUACCAGUUCUGAGCCUGUCAGUGAAGUGCUCCCUAUCAAAAGAGAGAAGCGGUCUCUGGUGAUGUUCUGUUCCCAUUUAAGUAAUCUCUCUUUUGCAUCCUACCUUGCAGAUCAGUCAGGGUUGCUGACAUUUGUUCAUUUAUGAUGUUUUUUUCCAAAACAGCGAGAGUUUAAACUCGGUGUAAACAAAAGGCAGACAGAUAUAGAUAAACAUGCCGUUCUCUAAGUCAGUCACUUAGUCCAAUACUACCAUUUUUUACACUAUUAGUUAUAUAUAGAACUGAACCAGCCCAGGGGGUGCAGUGAGUUGAACCACAGUCCUGCUCUCCGGUGGGUCUGGGAUUUGAG